AUGCAUUCGUUCAGUUUUCUGGCAGCAGUCCUCCUUUCCAUCAUAGCCCGAUCAUCCGCGGCUGCCGUUCCCCGAUCCCCCGACUCGCAGCCAAGACUACCAAUCCAGACCUCCAAGGCCAACACAAACGCCCCUCAACUCCCCUGGGGAGCAGUCAUAAACCACUGUACUGUGCCGGGAACAAUCGCCCUCGCCUUCGACGACGGCCCAUAUAUCUACACAGAACAGGUCCUCGACGCCCUCGCCGCCCACGGCGUCCGCGCAACUUUCUUCCUCAACGGAGCGUGGAAAGGCAACAUCCACGCUCUCGCCCAUGUCGUACAGCGUAUACUGGCAGAAGGACACCAGAUCGGCUCUCACACCUGGAGCCACCCAAACCUCACAACACUCACCCACCCCGCCAUAGUAUCCGAAAUGAUCCAACUCGAAGACGCCUUCCUCCGCAUACUCGGCUUCAUGCCUACCUACAUGCGCACCCCCUGGCUACAUGUCAACGACAUCGUGCUCUCCGCAAUGGCAGACCUAGGCUACCAUGUGAUCGGGGCCAGCAUCGUAACCGACGACAAACAGCAUGACCACCCGGCCCGGAGCUGGCGCAGUUUCGAGAAGUUUAGGACGGAGUUGGGGAAUGGAGGGAGCAUUGUGCUUGCACAUGAUUCCCAGGAGAAUACGGCGGGCAUUCUGGUGCCUAGGAUGCUGGAAGAGGUUCGGGCGAGGGGCUUGCAGGCUGUGACUGUUGGCGAGUGUCUUGGGCAUCCGUCGGCGCUUUGGUAUCGAUCGGGGCAGUAG